GAAAAGGAACUAGAUUUGUUUGGAUAGAUAGAGAGUGCAAGAGAUGGACUGGAUUCGUGAUGAUGAGAGAGAGACCAAGAUUGACAGGGAAGUCUUAUGAAGAAUGAGAAAGAAUAAGGAGAAAUGCUCUUAGUGCGCACCUAUAGUAAAUUAUGUGAGUCUCUUACGUGUCCACAUUUUAUUGGUAGGUGAAAAUUAAAAGUUUACAGCAAUUCUGGCUUGAAGCUUUUCUCUUUCAAAGUGAAGGAGAUUCUUUCAUCAAAAUGCUUUCCUUCAAUACUUUCUUUCUUCCCAUCGUGUUACUUCUCAUGCUUGGCUCCCUCAGCCUGACCACUCAUGCCGCUGAUCUAGUUCCACUCUCCCACUUCUGUGCAAACAGUACCUUCUCCCAAAAUAGCCUAUACAAUUCCAGUCUCAACUCCCUCCUCUCUUCCCUCUCUGACCCCGUCUACGGCCUCUUCCUCUGCCGCGGUGACGUCACUUCCUUAAUGUGCCGAACAUGCGUGGCUGCCGCGACCAAAGAGUUUGCCGCUAAAUGUUCAAGGGAAAAGGUUGCUGUUAUUUGGUAUGACGAGUGCAUGAUUCGCUACUCCAACGAGUUCUUUUCCACCAUGGCCUUAAGGCCCAAGAUUCAUCUGGGGAACACGCAGAACAUCACGGAGCAGGACCGCUUUAACGGGCUGGUGCACACGACGAUGACUGACUUGGCAAAUAGGGCCUCGAACUUUCCAAUCGGAGUCAAAAAAUUUGGAACCAAUCAAACGAAUUUUUCCGAGUUUCAAAAUCUGUACAGCUUUGUACAGUGCACGCCGGACCUGUCUAGCGUCGAUUGCAACUGGUGUCUCCAGAGAGCUAUCAACCGUUUUCCGAUAUGUUGUGGUGGGAAGCAAGGGGGAAGGGUUCUGUUUCCUAGUUGUAACGUUAGGUACGAAUUGUUCCCAUUUUACAGUGAAUCUAUGUGUAAAAUUAUUCAACGAAUGCAGGUACUGAAAGUUCCUUUUCUUUCUCUCUUCCCAUGUAUUACUUUUUGGCAUCAUGCUGAUCAAAGCCUCAAUUCUAUUCGAGAACACCAGCUUUAUUUUGAAAUAAAAACUACCAUUGACGUUUAUCCUACACAUAUACGAUAUCAUUAAUGUAGGAAUUAAUUCCUCCACAUGAUACGCAAACUUUUGCACCCAUUUCCUAUU